ACAUAUCUGUUACUUUCUUAUGACAAGGACGUUUCUCCCUAAUGAUAAUCACGCCAUAACUGAAUCAGUGAUCGGUUUGUGAACAGAGCCAAUUAACUUGUUUAAAACGUAACCCAGCGUGUGGUCAAUUCUUACGUCGUAACAUCGAUUAAUACUUACUAUCAUCCCGUUCUCUAACUACGGGGAAGUAUUCCCAGACUCGAGAAGCAAGGGCAUGGCUGUGUUAGGAUUUGUUCAGAUUGUUCUCACCAUCACCAUCUCAAACAGCCGCUCCUUAAAGAUAGUCACGGUAUCACUUUGUCAGUGAUUGGUUGGUGCACACAGCCAAUUAACAUGUUUACAACGCAACCGAGCGUGUAGCCAAUACUGGUGUCAUACUACCAAUUAACACAUUGAGCUGUAAAUAUUCUCCCGUUCACUAACUACAGAGAACUAUUCUAGAAACUUGCAGCAGGAGGAUGGUUGUGUGGGAAUUUGUUCAGCUAGCUCUCACCAUCACCAUGACUUACAGCUCAGCUUCACAGUCAUGCGGCAUUCUGACAUUUCACCACCAUGGAAGUUUGGAUGGACAAAUGUUCAAUGACACCUUCAUCACUGAACGAAGUGUUUCUGACAAAGCUGCAUGCUUGUGGUGGUGUUUCCAUGAUCUGCAGUGCAACAUGGUACUGCACAAUCCAGCGUCUCAACGUUGCCGGUUGUACUAUUCAUCCGUCAUCACUGGGGGUGAACAAGAGGCAGGCUGGCAGUAUUAUACAGUUACCUGCAGCGACUUCCGGAUCCUGAAUGCACUCUCGGUGAUCAGGAACCAGACCCACGAGGAUGUCAGCUGCUCCAACGGAUUCUCCUAUCUACCGACAACGUCAGGCAAAUGUUUCCAUGACAACGUACCAUUAGACAUAGGACGGUGCAUGCAGACCCUCUGGAUUGACCCGGCACAGUGA